AAAUACCUGAUGCUUAUGUUACCAGUACCACCAUACAGUGAUCAUAUAUUGGUAGAUACCAGCUCUAAACAGGCUCUGCAAACCAUAUACAGUAAAUGAUGACAGUACAGUUACAUUCAGUGAUGUCUUCUCUUAUUGAAGUUACUCACUUUCCCUUCUCUUUUCCAUUUGACCCAACAGCUUCUUGCUUUCUCAGCACAUGUCCAUCCUUUUGCCUUUUCUUCUAUGCAAACUAAUUCCCUCAUUGGUGCCCCACACAGUAACAGCACCCCCAUAAUAUUAUUUGUGCAACCCUUUUGGCCUCACAGAGUGAUAUUGCUCUACUGAGCACCUCAUAUAGUAAAAGUGCCCCAAGACAGUAAUAGGGUCCCUUUGUGCCCUUACACACUAAUAAUAUCCCUUCUUGUGCUCUGUAUGAUUAAAAUUUCCUUUUGUGUCCACACAGUAGUUUUGGCACCUUUGUGUCUCGAUAUUGUAACAAUAUUCCCCUUUUGUGUCCCCCUGUUAGGCCACACUUUGUGCUUCCCACACAGUAGUCAUGGAUCACAUUCAGUAAUAAGGUCCCCUUUUGUUUAGUACAGUUUUGUGUAUGAUAGAUAUGUCCUCUCUCAAUAAAAGUGGCGGCAUUGUACAUAAAAGAAAAACAAGAAAAAAACAAUGAUAACAAAAAACUAAAAUUAAACUCUCCUCAUUCCCACACUAAGCAUCCCAUGUAGCCCACAGGCCUAAAGCACCCUGUGAUAUAGAAUAGUGUGGCAGAGCGUUAAGCUUCAAAGAAGAUGAGGCGGAGUGACGGCGCUGGAAGGAACAGAUCAGGUUUUAUUGGAAAUGAAAAUUUUAGCCAUCAUUUUUUCCCUUUUUGGGGCAUCCCAUGCUAUUCCAUUGGUGGCACAGCGUCUUCUCUCAGCAAGCAAUAGUAAUGAGGUGCUACUUGGGGUGGUGAAUCCUAACAUUCCCCAGGGCGGUGCCAUGAAUCUAUUUGUGCCUGGUAUGUAUCAGCCUCAGCUACAGCAAAAGAUGGUAGGAUUACCACAGAUCCCAUUUAAUGCACGCAGUGGGAUGAAUACUCAACUUCCAAAUCAGGUGAUGUCCUAUGUGGUUCCCUAUGGAAUACCUCAAAAGCAGGGACAGAUGCAGGUCUUUCCACUAUAUCCAGCACAGCAGCAACCUGCCCAAGCCUCCCCAAAACAAUUAGGCAAUGAGCCUCCUAUGGAGCAGGUCUUUGGAUGUAUUGUUCCUCAGGUGAAUGGAGAAGUGAUCAUGCCUUCAAGUGGUCUUCAGCUCCCAACAAAGAAUCCAGAUGACACUUUAAUUGUGGAUGUAAAUCCCACACCAUUACCAAACCAGGAAUAUAGGGUUACCACUGAUGUUAUGAGAGCCCCUUAACAAGCAUCUAACUAGAAGCUGCUAUACCUUUGGAAAGAAGAGAUGCAGUUUCCACACGAGGUUUCAUGUAUCAUCACCAAGCAAGAAUAUAUUUAGCAAAUAUACCUAUAUCUUACUUUAGAAAAAAAAAACAUUAAAGGAGUAAUUCUAUGAAGCACAUUCAUCCCCUAUCCACCAAAGUACAGUCUUCAACUGUUUCCAUCAGCCCCAUUGAAUAAAGUGGCAGUGCCCAGGCAUGACCAUGGCUCCAUCCAAUCUCCUCCUUACUCCAGUAAUACAGUGAGAAGAAAUAUGGAGUUCUUUCUAUUCAUUGGUGGGGGUUCUAGUGCUAGACCCCCAGCAUUUAGACUCUUAUCUGUGGAUAGGUGAUACACGUCCUUCGUGGUAUAACUCAUAAAUAUGGUGUUAUUUCUCUGAUCAUAUCUUAUUCAUUUACAUAUUUCUUUUACCAAGUAUUUUUCCCUUUU